AUGUUCCGCGAUGAGAGCCAACAAGUAGUCCGCAAGGCCAAGACCACGACGACGACGGCCGCCAGUCGUCGGGCCAGAAAGACCGCCCAUCGCACGGCAUCCUCGACCACUAGUAGUCCCCAAUCGGACAAAAGGGGUCGGGGUCUUCCUGGUCCUGGUCCUGGUCCGGUCUCGAUCUCAACGGAUACUGACGUCUCCGAUUUCAAUAAUAAUCAUGAUGAUGAUCAUGCUUCCCCCGAUCUGCAGCUGUCACCGGUGACGGUGCAGCAGCUGACUCCACAAUCUUCCCCUAUUGACUUUCAACCGUCCUAUCAGUUCACCAAGGAUGAGGCCGUCUGUUUCUUUCUGCGCUUCCAUGCCUGGCCGGGCGUGUUUCGAAUGUCCGAAGGCUCCACUGAGGUCUUUUCCCUUUCUGGGGCUACGCCGAGCGAGCAGGCUUUAAAUGCCUGUAUCAUUUCGGUGGGCACAGCGAUGCUCUCGCGUAUCAGGCAGUCUGCGCAGUUGAAAAUUGCCGCCGAGAAGGAGUACGGUCAUGCGUUGGGUUUGUUGACUUCGGCCGUCGCGGACGAGGAAGAAGCUAAGUCGAAUCCGACUCUUGCGGCAGUAUUAUUGCUGGCAAUUUUCGAGGUCAUCACGAGUAGGACUCUCCGAAGCUUUGAGAAAUGGACGAAUCACAUUUACGGGGCUGCUGCCUUACUGGAAUUGCGUGGUACUGAACAACUUCAGGAUGAGGACGGGUUGAAGCUCUUUGUCCAACUGAGAUUUCAAAUCAUUAUCAGUUGUUUACAGAAAGGGGCUCGCGUGCCCCAGCCAGUGCUCGAAUGCUCAAAGCUUGCCAUGUUCUUACGCCCACAGUCAGAGGCAUAUGGCGAUCGCCUGAUCAGCAUUGCCGGCCGACUGUCCAAUCUCCGGGCAGAUAUCAACGCCAAGAUCCUGACGGACCAAAAGGAGAUCCUAUCUACAGCGUAUACUAUUGAGGCGGAACUGAUGGCCUGGAUUGCCGCUCUUCCGCCCGAAUUUCUCUACACAAGUAUCGAGGACCCGAACCCCGACCUGUUGGCUCAGAGGAUAGGCAGCGGUCCUGCCCCGUACGGCGGGCGCUAUCACAUCUACCGUGACCUUUGGCUCUGUCACACCUGGAACCAAUACCGGUGUUCCCGGAUCAUCGUUAGCGAGAUCAUAUUAGGCUGUCUCCGGCGAAUCGCCAUCAACUCGAAGGCGGCGGCGGUGUCGAGUGAACUCCAAAGCCAUUGCAGUCGACUGCGCAGCACCACCCGCCAGUUGGCCAUGGAUAUCUGCUACAGCGUGCCUUUCCAUUUCGGCGUCGGCAACGUGGCAACGAAACCCCUCGACAGCGUCCCCGUAGGCCAGAACUACCUCGGCGGCUUAAUCCUCCUCUGGCCGUUAAUCCUGGCCGGAGCCACGGAGAGCAAACAUCAUCCUCUCCGGAGAUGGGUUAUCGAGUGUCUGUACGUGAUCGGACACAGCAUGGGCAUCGACCAGGCUCUUCUUCUCAUUGAUAUUCUAGAAACUGAAUCCGGCGUGUUCGACGGCGUACAGGACGGCGAAGACGGUGUUUUCUUCCGCGAGGCGGGCGGAACCACUGCCGGGAACAAGGUCUUGACAGGGACCUGGGGUCCUUGA